GAGAGCGCUUGUUCCCUCCCCCGUCAGGCCUGAGCUACUCCACCUGGUUCUGCGUGGAGCGCUUCAGCGUGGCGCCUCACGCCCACCCGGUGCGGCUGCUGACAGUCGUGCGCCGGGCCACCUCCUCCGAGCAGCACUACGUCUGUCUGGCCGUGGUGCUGUCCGCCAAGGACCGUUCGCUCACCGUCUCCACCAAGGAGGAGCUGCUGCAGACCUACUCAGCGGAUGAGUCGAGUGAAGAAGCCGCCUUCUAUGAGAUCCUGCCCUGCUGCGCUCGCUUCCGCUGCGGCGAGUUGAUCGCUGAGGGCCAGUGGCACCACCUGGUGCUGGUCAUGAGCAAAGGCAUGCUGAAGAACAGCAUGGCCACGCUGUACAUCGACGGCCAGCUCAUCAACACUGUCAAGCUUCACUACGUCCACAGUGCACCGGGCGGCUCGGGCUCCACCAACCCCCCUGUGCUGAGCACAGUGUACGGGUAUGUGGGGACGCCGCCGGCCCAGCGCCAGCUCUCCAGCCUGGUGUGGCGUCUGGGGCCCAGCCACUUUCUGGAGGAGGUCCUGCCUGCCACCAGCGUCGCUGCCAUUUACGAACUGGGACCCAACUACGUGGGCAGCUUUCAGGCGGUCUACCUGCCCUGUAAAGACUCUAAGACAGAGGUGGCCCCCGCCUCUCCGGUGGCGUUGGUACCGGAGGAGAAAGUGUCCUUUAGUCUCUACGCUCUCUCGGUGUCCACGCUAACUGUGGCCAAGAUCAGGAAAGUCUACAACAAACUGGACAGCAAAGCCAUCGCCAAACAGCUCACUGUGUCCUCUCAUGAAAACGCCACUCCGGUGAAGCUGAUCCAUAACGCCGCCGGCCACCUCAACGGGCCGGCCCGGACCAUUGGAGCCGCUGUCAUUGGAUAUUUAGGUGUCCGUGCCUUCGUGCCCAAGCCCGUGGCCACCAACCUACAGUAUGUGGGUGGGGCGGCAGCCAUCUUAGGCCUGGUAGCCAUGGCGUCAGAUGUGGAGGGGCUGUACGCGGCGGUCAAAGCUUUGGUGUGUGUUGUAAAGAGCAACCCGUUGGCCAGUAAGGAGAUGGAGCGCAUCCAAGGAUACCAGCUGCUCGCCAUGCUGCUGAAGAAGAAGCGCUCGCUCCUCAACAGCCACAUCCUCCACCUCACCUUCUCUCUGGUGGGAACAGUCGACAGCGGCCACGAAACCUCCAUCAUUCCCAACUCCACCGCCUUCCAGGACCUGCUCUGUGACUUCGAGGUCUGGCUCCACGCUCCCUACGAGCUCCAUCUGUCUCUGUUCGAGCAUUUCAUUGAACUGCUGACAGAAUCCAGCGAGGCGGCUAAAAAUGCCAAACUGCUGCGGGAGUUUCAGCUGAUCCCGAGGCUGCUGUUGACCCUGAGAGACACGUCCCUGUCGCAGCCCACCGUCGCCGCCAUCAGCAACGUGCUCAGUCUGUUGCUGCAGGGCUUCCCCAACCCAUAUGACCUGCUGCGGUUCGGCCAGUUCAUCUCCUCGACUCUUCCCACGUUUGCGGUGUGUGAGAAGUUUGUCGUCAUGGAAAUCAAUAACGAGGAGAAGAUCGAUGGAGGUAACGACGAUGAUUUUGGCGGCCUGCUGUCAGCAAACCUCAUUCUGCUGAGAAACCGACUGUUGGACAACCUGCUCAGACUGCUCUUCACCACCAAAGAGAAAUGCACCGUCAACGCCCAGGCGUGUGAGGAGCUGGUGCGGACGAUGGGCUUCGAUUGGCUCCUGAUGUUCAUGGAGGAACACCUUCACUCGAGCACGGUGACGGCAGCUCUGUGGAUCCUGGUGGUGCUGCUCUCCAACCAGUCCAUCCUCAACCGCUUCAAAGAGGGCCUCAGUGGGGGCGGCUGGCUCGACCACACCGACUCCGUCCUGACCAAUAAGAUCGGCACAGUGCUCGGUUUCAACGUGGGUCGCAGCGCCGGCGGACGCUCCACGCUGCGAGAGAUCAACCGUGACGCCUGCCACUUCCCAGGAUUCCCUGUGAUGCAGACGCUGCUGCCCAAACACACCAACGUGCCCGAGCUCUACUUCCUGCUGAUGGCUCUCUUCCUCCAGCAGCCCAUCACCGAGCUGCCGGACAGCCUGCAGUUCGACCUGGACUCCAUCUGGACGUUCAUCUUUGGCAUCCCAGCCUCCAGUGCGUCAGUGGUGGGCUCCAUCCACAGCGUGUGCACCGAGGCCGCCUUCCUGCUGCUGGCCAUGCUCCGCAGCAUGCUCAACCUGCCGUGGCAGUCAGAGGAGGAAGGCUCCUGGCUCAGGGAGUACCCCGUCACUCUCAUGCAGUUCUUCAGGUAUCUUUACCACAACGUGCCCGACCUGGCACAGAUGUGGCACGGCGCUGAGUUCCUCUGCGCCCUGGCAGCCUCCGUCUUCCCCUUCAACAUCAGGCCCUACUCUGAGAUGGUCACCGAUUUGGACGAUGAAGCGGGUUCUCCCAUCGAGGAGUUCAAGGCCUUCGCCGGUGACUCUGGUAUGAACCGCAGCCAGUCUGAAUACUGCAACGUGGGCUCCAAGACGUCCCUGACCAACCACCCGGCCAAAAAAUAUGUCUUCGACUUCAUGAGGGUCCUGAUCAUGGACAAUCUGUGCAUGACGCCGGCCAGCAAGCAGACGCCCAUCAUCGACCUUCUGCUGGAGGCCUCUCCGGAGCGAUCGACCAGAACUCAGCAGAAGGAGUUUCAGUCGAACAUCUUGGACGGAGUCAUGGAGCAUCUGCUGGCCGCCGACGUCCUGUUAGGCGAAGAUGCCUCUCUGCCGCUCAGCAGCAGCGGAAGCUACCAGAUCCUGGUCAACAACGUCUUCUACUUCACUCAGCGGGUGGUGGACAAGCUGUGGCAGGGCAUGUUCAACAAGGACUCCAAGCUGGUGGUGGACUUCAUCGUGCAGCUCAUCGGACAG